UUGCAUCCUGAAACAGGUUCUAUCAUUGGUUCACUGACUUCCAUCUGUUGACUCUUUCCUGUUGUUUGCUUGUUAUGGCAGUAAUACAUUAUAUGUUUCUCAGUUCCUCUUAAUCUUAAUGAACAUGUUUCUUAUGCAUCAAGCCAAGUGUGGUGUAAGUGUCCGUUUAAAUUGUAGGAUUAUUGUAUUAUUAAUGUAUGGGAAAUUUGGGUUUUAAGCAUAAUUCUGUGGAGGAAUAAAUCUCAAUAUUUACAUCUCUGUUCAAUCUGUUUCUCUAGUUGAUGGACUGCGAUCCUGUCUGUAGCAACAUGAAGCCUGCUAUCAAAAAGUCUUUUCUUGGAGAUCCAAGGUCUGGAUCGAAUAAGGAGGAUGUUAAAACUUUGGUGCUGAGCAAAAUGGAGGAAUCAGGUGUGCUCUUUUGUCAGCGGCUGAAAUAUAUUGUAAAAAGUAUUCAGGUGCCAGAUGAAAAAGAAGCCGAAGCUUUCAUCUCCCAGCCCUUAAACUGCAAGACUUCUGUUAAAAAAAUCAUCAGUGAGACUCCUGUUAAAAAAUACAUCUGUAAGCUGUGUGGCAUGGAAUAUCGCCGUAACCUAAACCUGGUGCGGCAUAUGCGAAUACACACAGGGGAGGCACCACAUGUCUGUGAACUCUGUGGAAAGGGCUUCCGUCGUAAAGACUGGCUUCGCCUGCACAGCAGUGUCCACAUGGGUAACAAACAAAAGCGUGCGAAGGGCUACAGUUGUGACGAGUGUGGGAAGAAGUUCACUGGCUUCACUGAACUCCAGAGUCAUCUGUACAAACACAGAGGAGAGAGGCCGUUCGCCUGUGUGCACUGCGACAAGAAGUUCUUCAGUAAGGCCUAUCUUAGACGCCAUCAUUUCGAUUCUCAUUCUGCCAACAAACCGUUCUGCUGCCCUGUGUGUGGAUGUGGAUUCUCACGCCUUUACACAAUGCAGAAACACAUACGGACUCACACAAGAGAGAAGCCUUUCUCCUGUCCAGACUGUAGAAAGAAUUUCAGUAAUAAAUACUGCAUGAAUAUACAUCGUAAACGGCACUCAGCUAAAAGCUGAUGUAAUGCACAUACAUGCAUGUCACAUGAAUUUCAGAUUUAUUCUGUUUGUUUUUAUUAGUUUGAGCCAUGUCCCUUUUAUUGAUGAUUUUCCUUCUGAAUCUUAUCAUGCCUGUUCAGUGCCAAAAUAAAGAACCUUUUCAU